AUGUCAGCCCAGUCUAUUCUCAUUGAUGGUACCGACCAGGUCAUUAUCCAUGACAAUGUCAUUGUCAUGGAUAUCGAGAACCUCCUGACUAGCUGGCCGACUUACGAGAUUAAGUUUACGCCCGAGAACCCGGGCCCAUUGAAACUAAUCAUCCGGCUCAAGGAUCCCGUCAAGAUGGUCCAUAUUGAGGAAUCUACCGAUAGCGAGGCGGAGUUAUUGAUACCAGGCAGUCGCAAAAGGAAAAGAACCGAUCGCGAGCGCAAGAAAAUCAAAACGUUCUCAGCCGAUACCAUCAAGCUCGCUGAAGAUCUUGCAGGCCUCAAAAUUACGUCUCAGACUUCCGGAAAUAACACUGUCAAAGCGAGACCAGUGCGCUUAGUGGGAGCCUGCAAAGAUCCUCUGCCACGAAAACCCAGAUUCAACAGUAGCACUCAUUGGCCGCCCCGCCGCCAUCUCCGUUUCAGGGACGUGGAAGAUAAGGAUUGCAUUGCCAGUUUAGAUGUUUUGCGAGCUGUGCCUGCUCCUGUUACCACAGACUUUACUUAG